GUGUCCUCGUGCCGGAAGCGGGGGGAGCGGCUGCGCCUCCGCAACGGGGGCGGGAGCGGGGAGCAGAGCCUUCUAAAAUGGCGGAGCGCGGCUACAGCUUCUCCCUCACUACGUUCAGUCCCUCUGGAAAGCUUGUUCAGAUUGAAUAUGCUUUAGCUGCAGUGGCUGCAGGAGCUCCAUCGGUUGGGAUUAAAGCUGCAAAUGGAGUGGUAUUGGCAACUGAGAAGAAGCAGAAGUCUAUCCUUUAUGAUGAAAGGAGUGUCCACAAAGUAGAACCAAUUACCAAACAUAUAGGUUUAGUGUACAGCGGUAUGGGUCCAGAUUAUAGAGUACUUGUGCACAGAGCUCGGAAGCUGGCCCAGCAAUAUUAUUUGGUUUAUCAUGAGCCCAUUCCAACAGCUCAGCUAGUACAGAGAAUUGCUUCUGUGAUGCAGGAGUACACACAAUCUGGUGGUGUUCGUCCGUUUGGUGUAUCACUGCUAAUAUGUGGCUGGAAUGAAGGGCGGCCCUAUUUAUUUCAGUCAGAUCCAUCCGGAGCUUACUUUGCAUGGAAAGCAACAGCGAUGGGCAAAAACUACGUCAAUGGGAAAACAUUCCUUGAGAAAAGAUACAAUGAAGAUCUGGAGCUUGAAGAUGCCAUUCAUACAGCUAUCUUAACACUAAAGGAGAGCUUUGAAGGGCAAAUGACAGAAGACAACAUUGAAGUCGGCAUCUGUAAUGAAGCUGGUUUUAGGAGGCUAACUCCAACUGAGGUUAAGGACUACUUGGCUGCAAUAGCCUAGUAGAAACCAGCAAGACUGUGUGAUUCACACAAAGGUCUUUUUAAUUUUGGCUACUUAAAUGUUUUUGUUUGCAGUUUUUGCAUAUGUAUUUGUACAUGGUUUGUCUGAGAGAUUUUUUAAAUAUCAUGGAUGCAAAUGCAACAGUCCUAAUACAUGGAAUCUUAUUACAGGUAAUUCCCUUGAUACAUGGAAUCUUUGUACACAAAAUGCUGUACAAAAUGUAAAAUUAUAAUGACAGCUUGAAAAAGGCUAAAGAAUAAAAUUUGAAGGCCACA